AAGCCGGGUGGGCUUCCGCCGUCGGCGCCUUCUAGAAUAUUCGGCGCGUCGAUAAAAGUCGACGCCGCGCGCCACGAGUGUUCAAUCGUCGCUGUGAUCGCGUGCUGUACAGGUCGUCGUUGCUGCUCGAUUCCCGAUUUCUUGCGUUAUUAGCGCGUAGAUUCGGUGUGCUCUUGGUGCAUUCGAGGUGUGGCCCUGCGUUUCUCAUCCGCAUUUCAGUCUUCGAAUUUGAUUCUGUGAGAAAAUGCCCGAAGACGUGAGCAUGGCGGAUUCCGGCGAGGUGGAGACCUUCGCCUUCCAGGCCGAGAUCGCUCAGUUGAUGAGCUUGAUCAUCAACACUUUCUACUCGAACAAAGAAAUUUUCAUCCGAGAAUUGAUCUCCAAUUCAUCCGAUGCAUUGGACAAAAUUCGAUAUGAAUCUCUUACGGAGCCAAGCAAGUUGGACACUUGCAAGGAGUUGUUCAUUAAGAUUGUCCCAAACAAGAACGACCGCACCUUGACUAUUCUCGAUUCUGGCAUUGGCAUGACCAAAGCUGAUCUUGUAAAUAACCUGGGUACCAUUGCCAAGUCUGGUACGAAGGCAUUCAUGGAAGCUCUGCAGGCAGGCGCUGAUAUCUCCAUGAUUGGACAGUUUGGUGUGGGUUUCUACUCUGCAUAUCUUGUAGCUGAUAAAGUCAGUGUCAUCUCCAAGCACAAUGACGAUGAGCAGUACCUGUGGGAGUCUUCCGCUGGCGGUUCAUUCACAGUUCGCCCCGACGAUGGCGAACCGAUUGGACGAGGUACUAAGAUCAUCCUGCACAUUAAGGAGGAUCAGACGGAAUAUCUGGAGGAGUCAAAAAUUAAAGAAAUUGUGAAGAAGCACUCUCAGUUUAUUGGCUAUCCCAUCAAGCUCGUCGUCGAGAAGGAGCGCGACAAGGAGCUCAGCGAGGAUGAGGAGGAGGAACCUGCGAAGGAGGGAGAGAAACCAGAGGAUGAGAAACCAAAAAUUGAGGAUGUAGGCGAAGAUGAAGAUGAAGAUAAGCCCAAGGAUGAAAAGAAAAAGAAGAAGAAGACCAUCAAAGAGAAAUAUACUGAAGAUGAGGAGUUGAACAAGACAAAACCGAUUUGGACGAGAAAUCCAGAUGAUAUCACACAAGAGGAGUACGGCGAAUUCUACAAGAGCUUGACCAAUGAUUGGGAAGAUCAUUUGGCUGUGAAACAUUUCUCUGUGGAGGGACAGUUGGAAUUCAGAGCACUGCUAUUCAUCCCGCGUCGCGCGCCUUUCGACUUGUUCGAAAAUAAGAAGAGGAAGAAUAACAUAAAAUUAUACGUGCGCCGUGUCUUCAUUAUGGAUAACUGCGAAGAUCUGAUUCCGGAAUAUCUAAACUUCAUCAAGGGCGUCGUGGACAGCGAAGAUCUGCCUCUCAACAUCUCUCGUGAGAUGCUGCAACAGAAUAAGAUUCUCAAAGUCAUCAGGAAGAAUCUUGUCAAGAAGUGUCUGGAGCUCUUCGAGGAACUGUCGGAAGACAAAGAGAACUACAAGAAGUGCUAUGAGCAAUUCAGCAAGAAUCUGAAAUUGGGUAUCCACGAGGACAGCCAGAACAGAAAGAAACUUUCAGAACUACUGCGAUACCACACUUCUGCAUCUGGAGAUGAGAUGUGUUCACUCAAGGACUAUGUUGGUAGAAUGAAGGAGAGCCAGAAACAUGUCUACUAUAUCACUGGCGAAAGCAGGGAGCAGGUAGCCAACAGUUCAUUUGUAGAGCGCGUGAAGAAGCGCGGUUUCGAGGUUGUAUACAUGACAGAGCCCAUCGAUGAAUAUGUCGUCCAGCAGCUGAAGGAAUUCGACGGCAAGCAGCUAGUGUCUGUCACGAAGGAAGGUCUGGAAUUGCCAGAGGAUGAGGAUGAGAAGAAGAAACGCGAGGAGGACAAAGCCAAAUUUGAAAAUCUCUGCAAAGUCAUGAAAGAUAUCUUAGACAAGAAGGUGGAGAAAGUCGUGGUAUCCAACAGGCUGGUCGACUCUCCUUGCUGUAUCGUCACGUCACAGUAUGGCUGGACGGCGAACAUGGAGAGAAUCAUGAAGGCUCAGGCUCUCCGUGACACAUCGACCAUGGGAUACAUGGCUGCAAAGAAACAUCUCGAAAUCAAUCCUGAUCAUCCCAUCAUGGAGAACUUGAGACAAAAGGCUGAGGCAGACAAACACGACAAAUCUGUCAAGGAUCUAGUCAUGCUUCUCUUCGAGACUGCCCUCUUGUCGUCCGGUUUUGCGCUAGAGGACCCACAGGUACAUGCGUCUAGAAUCUACAGAAUGAUCAAGCUCGGCCUGGGCUUCGACGACGAGGAAACGUCGAAUCCUGAGGACGAAAAGAUGGACAUGGAAGUACCGACGUUGGACGGUGAUUCGGAAGAGGCGUCAAGAAUGGAGGAAGUAGAUUAAGCUUCGAAGUUGAUUAUUUUUAGACUAUUUUUUUUUGUUCUCAGUGCCGACAGAAUUAGGUAUUUAAUGUCAUUCAUUACAUAUGUAAUUUCACCUUUCAUUAAUAGUUUUUUAUACUUUUACGUGUUAUGUUCACACAUCAUUCCAUCACAUACCUUAAAUUAAUAGUAGGAUGAAGAUGUAAACAUAUUGUGCGUAAUAAAAUAAAAGGAAUCGUAUUUAA